AUGAACACCUACAGCUAUGCCUACCCCCCCGACAACCUCUCUCCAUCCCACUUCCACACCCUCAUCACCCACAUCAAAGACUACCAAGCCAACCACGGCUCCUUAAUCAAAGUCAUCGGCCACGAGACACAGCACAGCGUCCUGCUCCAGCCCGUUGGCACUACUGUGUUCCCGAGUUUGUUCCCUCGCAGGCUGUUCCAGCAAGCUACCGAUGACUUACAGCUUUUAUACAAUGAAUUGUACUGCAAGCUUGCUCAAGAUCCGGAGUGGCUGUAUGCUGUCACGGCCCCGUUGAGGAAGACAGAGCCUUUGGUUGAUGCGCUGUGGUGUGUCUAUGAAGAAGUUCAGAGGCGGCGCAGCAGUAAUGACACUGCGCAAUGCCUGGUAGAGCAGAAGGUGCAUGCAGGCAUUUUCAGGUCGGAUUAUAUGCUUCAUACUGGUCAGCAUGAGAGCGAUGAUGAUGACGACGACGAAGAUCAGAUCUGGACGCGAAAUAUGUCCCUGAAACAGGUGGAAUUCAACUCAUAUUCCUGCGCUGGUGGGUGCCACGCAAACAAAGUCGCUAAUAUGCACCGACACCUUGUUCAACGGGGUGUAUAUGAUUUUUCCUCCGAGAAUACGAGCACAAAGAUCACCCCAUCAUCCCUGCCCCAAAACAAUACAAUACAAGGUAUUGCAUCUCUACUCGCUUCAGCGCACAGAACCUACGGAAACAGACCCUACAACUCAGCUGCCUCCUGCACUGCAGUUCUGAUGAUCGUGCAACCGAACAAUUUCAACAUCGCCGACGAGCGACCCAUUGAAUACGCAUUAUGGAACUGGGAGGACAACAAUAAUCCAAUUCCUACAUAUAGACUUGAAUGGCAAGAUAUAUUACGCUCUACAACUCUCACCCCAACAGGAGAGCUGCUACUCCGUAUACACCCAUCUGAGAAAACCCCCAUCGAGGUUUCAGUAAUCUACCACCGAGCCGGCUAUGAGCCUCACGAGUAUGAUGACAAUCAUUAUGGAAAAGAGAUUCGCAUCAGACUUGAAUUGUCGCGAGCAAUCAAAUGCCCUUCUAUCCUGGGACAUAUCACCACAAUUAAAAAAGUCCAACAAGCCCUCACUGCCCCGGGGGUUCUGGAACGCUGGCUCGCCCCUAGCAAAGCCAGUGUGAUUCGGGAUACAUUUGUAAAUAUUGAUGCACUCGACAGCGAAAAUAUAUCGUCUGUGGCCAAGGAUCAAUACAUUCUCAAACCAGUCUCCCUCGAAGGCGGGGGUCACAAUACGUACGAUUCUGCCGAGAUUCGAAAUUUUAUAAGUGAGUUACCGCCAAAUUCGCCGCUGCGGAAGGCUUAUAUUCUCAUGGAAAGGAUUCAGUCUCCGAGAAAUGUGUAUGGGGUGCUGAUGACUUCGUCGAGGGGCGUUGUGGCUGAUGAGGUUGUGUCAGAGUUGGGCGUUUUUGGGGGGUGUCUUUGGUCGGAUGCUCGCAAAGAAGAGAAUAACUCGUGCCGCGUAAUUGAAAAUAGGGUUGUGGGUUGGUCUUUCAAGACCAAAGAGAUAGACGUGGAUGAGAUGAGUGUUGUUAAAGGUUAUGGAUGUUUUGAUACCCCUUUUUUGAUCGGUUAG